AGUGAUUCCCACAAAAGUGACGGACGGAUGUGUUUACGUGAAGGGAGGGGAGAAUCUGACUGUAAUCACACUCCACGAGGCAUUGAAUCACCAGAGAUACGAUCAGUUUGAGAUGUCAAUUGUCUCCGAAGUGAUCAGAGAGUCAUUGAUUCAUCACUUCUCGCACUAUAUUUUGUCGACUUUAGUAACAAAUCACAAAAAUCCGGUCGAGAAGAAGGACGAGAAGGCUGUGGAAACCAAACCGACUCCAAUACCUGUAAACUACGUUCACCUGUCAUUCGCUUACUUCGAUGCCAGUCAUUGCGGACACAUUCUGGCCGACGAUUUGGCAAAACUUCUAAAUAACGCUAAUUUCACUCUUUCGAGAAGAGCUUUCAAUCUUCUGGUGAACACUGAAGACAAGGUUCAGUACAGAGACUUAUGUGAACCGAAACAACUUCUUGCGGUCACAAAAAGCAACACAUCUUCGGAUCAGCAAAACCUGUCUGAAGACACGUCAAGAACUGGAAACUCUCGCAUUUAUGAGAAGAACGGAACUGUUUAUGACAUGGAUUUGCUGAUUGAUCAGUCGGAAAGUGACGAGAAGUUGAAAGUCAGACUCAAUGAGGAGUUGAUUGUAAAUCAGGAGAAAAUUGCGCAAUUAAAUGAAUACAUUCAGGAGUUGGAGAGCCGGCAGAAGAAGAUGACGAUCGCCACAGAAAAACAAAACGACGAAAUCUGUUCUCUUAAGCGACAGAAAGAAACGAUUAAAACAAAAUAUGAUGCGAUGCGAAAAGCGGUCGACUCUUCUGUUGUGGCGUUUAAUAAGGUUUUGGAGAAUCCGACCGAAGAAAGCAAAUAAUUAUUAUUUUUUUAAUUUUUCAAUUUAAUUAUAAUUUUCGAAAAUCAAUUAACUUUUAAAUUAACAUAUAUUUAAUAUUAUAGACAUUCAAUUCGUAAAACUUUUGAUUUGACUAUAUUUUUGUUUUAUUACUUUGCAUUCAAUUCAUCGC